GAUCGUAGGAGAUAUUUUCUUUUCCUCAACAUGAUUCUAGGAGAUAUUCUCUUUUCCUCAACAGUUUCUGUGCACCCGAAUCCCCAAACGGGUCAGGGUUUUACCCAUUUCUACAAUUUCCAUUUGAGCGGGGAUCCGGCGAAGGCAGCAGACAAUAACACGACGUCGUACUGGAGCGCCGCCGCCGCCGUGGAUGAGCCCGGAAAGAAGGUCCGAAAGCCUUACACGAUCACCAAGUCGAGAGAGAACUGGACUGAGAUGGAGCACGAGAAGUUUCUAGAAGCUCUUCAUUUAUUUGAUCGUGACUGGAAGAAAAUUGGGGCUUUUGUUGGCUCAAAGACAGUAAUCCAGAUUCGCAGCCAUGCUCAGAAACAUUUUAUGAAAGUUCAAAAGAAUGGUGCGAGUGAACAUGUUCCUCCCCCACGGCCAAAGAGGAAAGCAGCUCACCCUUAUCCACAUAAAGCCCCCAAAAAAGUUGCCUCCCAACCCUCAGAACCGUUGUCUUCAGGUCCUCUUCUCGACCCCAAAUAUGCUGUGGGGCUGCAAUCAGUGUCAGUGCCCACAAAUAUAAUUAACAGCAAGUCUUUGAAUCAUUGCACUCCCCCAGUACCAACGGGCUGUUCAUCUCCUAUAUCAAGUGAUGAUUUUGCGCUGCCUGGUGGUGCCAUGAACUGGAGUAGUAGCAGUGAUGACGUUAUUCCUGGAAGAUGGGAGUCUAGUGAGAUGAAUAGCCACGUAAAAGAGAAAGUGAUAGGAAACAGAGCAGCUCUACCAGAUUUUGCUCAGGUUUAUUGCUUUAUUGGCCGUCUAUAUGACUCUAGUGUCAGAGAUCACUUAACAGAGCUAAAAAAGAUGGACCCCAUAAAUAUCAAGAUGGUGCUGAUGUUGAUGAACAAUCUCUUAGCCAACUUGAUCAGCCCUGAAUUUGAGAAUCAUAGGAAGUUGCUGUCAUUGUACAAUGUUGACGUCGAAAAUGACCAGACGAGCAGUGAAACCUCUUGGUAGGUUUUUGGAAGGCAAUGAGGCGGUAGUGUGAGCGACAAAGCUCCUUCUUAUGGAUGGAAGUAAAUAGCAAUCUAAUCUUCUGGGAAUGGAUCAGAGUGCAAUGUGUGCAAGUAUAUAAAGUGAGGCGGGCAGUUUUGCGAUCAUCAAAGAAGAAUUGGAUGUCUUUCUGCUCCAAAAUCCAAAAAUCCUUGAUACGAUCUUCUAUAUCUUAGGAAAUCACAAUUAUUUAGUUAUCUUUUAUUCCCCAAAUCUUUUCAUAUCUUUAUUUUCUUAUUCAAUAAGUUAGGUUAGUAGUAUUCUAGUAUUAUAAAUAGGAGAGCUUGUUAUCAUUUUAUGCAA